UGUAGAGCUGGUUUCCGCGCGCCGGGGCCCGGGACCAUGGAGUGGUGAGCGUCCCUCGCUCGGCCAGGUCCCCCGCGCUCGGCUCCCCAUGGCCGGGACGUACAGCUCGACGUUGAAGACGUUGGAGGACUUGACCUUGGACUCCGGGUAUGGGGCCGGGGACUCGUGCCGCUCGCUCAGCCUCUCGUCGUCCAAGUCCAACUCGCAGGCGCUCAACUCCUCGGCGCAGCAGCACCGCGGGGCGGCCUGGUGGUGCUACUCGGGUUCCAUGAACAGCCGUCACAACAGCUGGGACACGGUCAACACGGUGCUGCCCGAGGACCCCGAGGUGGCCGACCUCUUCUCGCGCUGUCCGCGGCUCCCCGAGCUGGAGGAAUUCCCCUGGACCGAGGGAGAUGUGGCCAGGGUGCUCCGCAAAAACGCCGGCGGCGGCAGCGGCCGGAGGCUGGCCCCGUUCUCGGCCGAGGCGGUGCGGCGCCUGGCGGGGCUGCUGCGCAGGGCGCUCAUCCGCGUGGCCCGCGAGGCGCAGCGCCUGAGCGUGCUGCACGCCAAGUGCACCCGCUUCGAGGUGCAGAGCGCCGUGCGCCUGGUGCACAGCUGGGCGCUGGCCGAGAGCUGCGCGCUGGCCGCCGUCAAGGCGUUGUCCCUGUACAGCAUGAGCGCCGGCGACGGGCUGCGCCGGGGCAAGUCGACGCGCUGCGGCCUCACCUUCUCCGUGGGACGCUUCUUCCGCUGGAUGGUGGACACGCGCAUCUCCGUGCGCAUCCACGAGUACGCAGCCAUCUCCCUCACCGCUUGCAUGGAGAAUCUGGUAGAGGAGAUCCGAGCCAGGGUGCUGGCCAGCCAGAGCCCCGAAGGCGGAGGAGGGGCAGGAGGAGGUGGAGAGGUGUCCGCUGAAGCCUUGGAGAUGGUCAUCAACAACGACGCCGAGCUCUGGGGCGUCUUGCAGCCCUACGAGCAUCUCAUCUGCGGCAAGAACGCUAAUGGUGUCCUCUCUCUCCCUGCGUACUUCAGUCCCUACAACAGCGGGUCCCUGGGCCACGAUGAGCGAGCUGACGCCUAUGCUCAGCUGGAGCUGCGGACCCUGGAGCAGUCUCUCCUGGCCACGUGUGUGGGCAGCAUCUCAGAGCUGAGUGACCUGGUCUCUCGAGCCAUGCACCACAUGCAGGGGCGCCACCCCCUGUGCCCAGGCACCAGCCCUGCCCGCCAGGCCCGCCAGCCACCACAGCCCAUCACCUGGUCCCCCGACGCCCUCCACACGCUCUACUACUUUCUGCGCUGUCCACAGAUGGAAUCCAUGGAGAACCCCAACCUGGAUCCCCCAAGAAUGACCCUGAACAACGAACGGCCCUUCAUGCUGCUGCCACCGCUGAUGGAGUGGAUGCGUGUGGCCAUCACCUACGCGGAGCACCGCCGCAGCCUCACCGUAGACAGUGGCGACAUCCGGCAGGCAGCUCGGCUGCUGCUGCCCGGCCUGGACUGCGAGCCCCGCCAGCUCAAACCAGAGUGCUGCUUCAGUUCCUUCCGGAGGCUGGACGCCCGAGCGGCUACUGAAAGAUUCAAUCAAGACCUGGGCUUCCGCAUGCUCAACUGUGGGAGGACAGACCUCAUCAGCCAGGCCAUUGAGGCCCUGGGCCCAGACGGGGUGAACACCAUGGAUGAUCAGGGGAUGACACCGCUGAUGCAUGCCUGUGCUGCUGGGGAUGAAGCCAUGGUGCAGAUGUUGAUUGAUGCUGGGGCAAGCUUGGACAUCCAGGUUCCAAACAACUCUCCCAGGCACCCCUCCAUCCACCCAGACAGCAGACACUGGACGUCGCUGACCUUUGCUGUGCUACAUGGACAUAUCUCUGUGGUACAGUUGUUGCUGGACGCCGGUGCCCACGUGGAGGGCUCAGCCGUGAACAGUGGUGAGGACAGCUACGCCGAGACGCCCCUGCAGCUGGCCUCCGCAGCUGGGAACUAUGAGUUGGUCAGCUUGCUGCUGAGCCGAGGUGCCGACCCCCUCCUCAGCAUGCUUGAAGCCAACGGCAUGGCCUCCUCCCUCCACGAGGACAUGAACUGCUUCAGCCAUUCAGCUGCCCAUGGCCACAGGAACGUCCUGAGGAAGCUCCUGACACAGCCGCAGCAGGCCAAAGCAGACGUGCUGUCCCUGGAGGAGAUCCUGGCCGAGGGUGUAGAGGAAAGCGACACGUCGAGCCAGGGCAGCGGCAGCGAGGGCCCCGUGCGGCUAAGCCGGACCCGCACGAAGGCCCUUCAGGAGGCCAUGUACUACAGUGCUGAGCAUGGCUACGUGGACAUCACCAUGGAGCUGAGGGCUCUGGGUGUUCCCUGGAAGCUGCACAUCUGGAUCGAGUCUCUGAGGACGUCGUUUGCCCAGUCGCGGUACUCAGUGGUGCAGAGCCUCCUGCGGGACUUCAGCUCCAUCAAGGAGGAGGAGUACAGCGAGGAGCUGGUGACCGAGGGCUUGCAGCUCAUGUUCGACAUCCUCAAGACCAGCAAAAAUGACUCGGUCCUCCAGCAGCUGGCCACCAUCUUCACACACUGCUAUGGGAGCAGUCCCAUCCCCAGCAUCCCCGAGAUCCGGAAGACCCUGCCAGCCAGGCUCGAUCCCCACUUUCUGAACAACAAGGAGAUGUCAGAUGUGACCUUCCUAGUGGAAGGAAAGCUAUUUUAUGCGCACAAAGUACUGUUGGUGACAGCUUCUAACAGGUUCAAGACGUUAAUGACCAACAAAUCAGAGCAAGACGGGGACAGCAGCAAAACCAUCGAGAUCGGCGACAUGAAGUACCACAUUUUUCAGAUGGUGAUGCAGUACCUGUACUACGGCGGAGCAGAGUCCAUGCAGAUCCCCACCACCGACAUCCUGGAGCUGCUGUCCGCUGCGAACCUGUUCCAGCUGGAUGCCCUGCAGAGGCACUGUGAGAUCCUGUGCUCGCAAACCCUCAGCGUGGAGAGCGCCGUCAACACCUACAAAUACGCCAAGAUCCACAACGCCCCGGAGCUGGCCCUGUUCUGCGAGGGUUUCUUCCUCAAGCACAUGAAGGCGCUGCUGGAGCAAGACGCCUUCCGGCAGCUCAUCUACGGCCGCAGCAGCAAAGUGCAGGGCCUGGACCCGCUGCAGGACCUUCAGAGCACGCUCGCCGAGCGGGUGCACUCUGUCUACGUCACCUCCCGGGUGUGAGGCGGCUAGAGGAAGGGCUGGCACCUAUGGGGGUGUGACAGCUGCCCAGGCCAGGAGCAUCUCUUCAUAGUGCUCUUUCCCACUCCUCGGCUAGAUGCCCUCUGCGGUGUUGAUGGAGCCCGGGUGGGCACAGCACCCUGAGCCCUUGUGACUGACGGGAGUAUGCCCGAAAGGUGGCCCUUUCUGCACCACUCCCCACGGUUUGCACCUUGAAAGGCCACCUAUGCCCACUCCCAGUGGCUUGGCAGGAUGUCCUCACCCACCUCGGCUCCGGGCUCUGCAUGGCUGGGGCUCUUGGGGGUGCGGGCAUCCUUAUGAAUGCAGAGAACGUAUCUCCAUGAGCCCCAGGCCAGGGAAUGCAAUAGGUGGUAUUUGUUCUCACGAUGUCGGGGGAAAGUCUGCCCACACCCAGGCUGUGCCUUUGAAAGGCCUGGUGCCCCUGGCCCUGGCCACUUCGUCCAUGUUCCACAAAGGCUGGGCCCACCCUGGCCCACCCUUCAGGACUGCUGCUAACUUGCAGUCCCAUCUCCUGGCUUCUGAGCCCAGGGUGCCAGGGGCCGAGCUGUAGGAGCACAAGGCCCUCAGCUCUGGCGGCCACAGCUAGGAGCCAAAGUAAAGGGAGGGUCCCGGGACCCCCGGCCUAGCUCGGGGCCACCCCUGGGGUUCAGGCAGCAGCACCUACAUGGCUUCCUCGGCCACGCUUCUUGAGUACACGGUGCCUUUAACUCAGGACCGGAGGGGGCACACUUUUCACUGGGAACCAGAGCUCUUGGGCAUGGAAAAGAGGAGCAGGGAGAUGAGGGCCUGUGCCAUGUUCCCUUCCCCUCUGCCCACGUAGCCUUAGUUCCCCAUGCCCUGGCCUGCGAAUGGACCAGACACUGGGACAGCAUCAAGAACAGCUACCUUAGAAACUAUUUAUUCAUCAAAGCCCCGGGCAUUUCAGGACUGUCCCUUAGGUCACCUGAAAAGCUUCCCUGGGCUUGGCAAUCCUGGAAAAUAUUUUCAAUGAGCUGCUCAUGCUGGAUGUACAAAGGAGUGUUAUUUUAUUGUGUAAGAUUGUAUAAUACUGUAACAAUACCUUAACAUUGUCACUUACUGUAAAUGUACUAUGGUUUUAUCAAUAAUAAACACAAUGACCUUG